AUGUCGAAAGCAACCUUCGCUAUCAUCGCAGCCGCUGGUGUAGCUACAGGUGCCGGUGUCACUGCUCUGCUCUACUCCUCCAGCUCGUCUCGCCGCCAGCCUCAUGAACCUCUGCCAGCUGCUCGGCCACCCCCUCCACCUUCCGCAACCUCUCCUGUCGCCGCCGCCGCCCGUGUCCCACCCCCAGCUCUCCCAACCUCUCGCUAUCCAGUCGAUCCUAGCGGACUAUUCCAAUAUGGUUUCCCUGGACCAAUCUCCGAUGUGAUCGAUAGUCCUUCCCUAACAGCCGGAUUCGACCGUCGAACCCGUAAUCCAGCCUGGGUCGUCGAGCAUAUAACUUCUGAAUCCGUGGCUCAGCGAGAUGGAGACCGAUCUCACAGCCAAUUCUACGAAGAAGAGUCCAUCCCAUCCGCUUUCCGCGCACGCCUGAGCGAUUAUUACCGCUCAGGAUAUGAUAGAGGGCACCAAGUACCUGCUGCAGACGCAAAAUGGAGCCAGGAAGCAAUGGAUGCCACUUUCUCGUUGGCAAACAUGUGCCCCCAGGUCGGAGAGGGGUUCAACCGCGACUACUGGGCUCACUUUGAGGAUUUCUGUCGCAGGUUGACGCAGAAAUACCCAUCUGUUCGCAUUGUUACUGGCCCACUCUACCUACCAAAGCGUGAUCCCGCUGAUGGGAAGUGGAAAGUUAGCUAUGAAGUGAUUGGCAAUCCUCCGAAUGUUGCUGUGCCUACGCAUUUCUACAAGGUUAUUUUCGCCGAAGAUGGGAACGGAGAGUACGGCAAAGUUAGUUUGGGAGCAUUCGUGCUCCCUAACGCCAGAAUUCCAAACGAGAAACGUUUGCAGGAUUUCGAGGUGCCGCUGGAAGCCAUUGAGCGUGCUAGUGGCCUUGAGUUUGCUAGCAAGCUACUUCCUUACAGACGUGGUGUGCUCUGUCAGGAGGUGAAGUGCGAUAUCACCGUUCGUGAAUUCAAGAAGGCAAGUGAUAGGAAGAAUCUACCGCCCCGGUGA